UGGCUUUGCACGUUGUGAAGUGGGCUUCCGCCGUUGCGAUUGGCCGCCUGGCGGAUCUGCAGACCUUUCUCUCUUCGUUCUUGCGGAGCAGCUGGAGCGCCGGUGCGUGUCGGACCUCUGGCUUCCUUUUGUAAGGAGGAUCUGUUGGGAAACUUUGGUCCAAAACCAUGCCUGCCGGUGUAAGUUGGCCCAAAUACUUGAAAAUCCUCACUGCAGCUUUCUUGUCCAUGCUUGCCGGUGCACAAACUGUCCACAAAUUUUACAGACCUGACCUCACACCAGAUAUUCCUCCAGAAGCUAGAGAGCUCAGAACACAAAUACCAAGUCUAAAAAAUACGAAUGAGCCAGUUCAACCUUUACAACCACGAUCAUGAAAGAAUCAGUGUUGCAUCCUUCAUAAAGUGUUCCUUAUGAGGAUUUAUAAUCUGAAUACAUACAACUGGGAAAUCAUGAAUAUUUUAAAAGGACUUUUAUAUUUGUAUUUUCUUGAGUCCAAGAAUGCCUCUCCUACGGUCUGUUUUUUCCCUCUUCCCCUACAAAGGUGACCACCUGCUCAGCCAUUGCUUGUUUCCAUAUCUACCUGCAACCUUUACUUCAUUACAAUUGCUCUCAACGUGGCAGAUCUAUGUCAGUUUUUUCCCCUUAAACAUUCUUUGCAGGGUGUAAUACAUUUUGGAGAAUGCUGGGAUACAUCUGUAUAAUUAGUUCAAUUACCAUUUAAAAGCAAAUGUUUGGGAACAUGUUUUGCUUUGUAAGCCAAUUAAACAAAGGUAUCUAUUUGAACAUUAGGUUUCUCCCAUACUAUUGUACUGUAAUAUGGUUUCCUGCAAAGCAAGCAUAUGUCAAUAACUUAGCAAUUUUAUUUCAGUGAUAUUUGUGCCUAUUUUGAAUUUUCACAAUGAACUUCUGAUAUUAAAUGCAAUGUUUAAAUAUAGUUUCUGUAAAUGUCAAUUUAUUUCUAGACACAAUUCACUGUAUUCCUUUUGGCUGGAAACUAAUGGGAAUUGUACACCUGGUGGACACUAGGCUGGGGAAAGCUGGUCUAUUUAUUUCGAAGAUUUGAUUCAGUGUCAGCAUUAAGUGCAAAAGGGCACCUACUCUUCCAAUCUAUUCAAAAAUACACAAUCUGGUGUAUUUAAUGGAAGCAUUUUAAUGUAAAGAUAUGACUCAAUUUUCUGUGUAUCUUGCACUAGUUAUUAGAACUACUUAGUAGACAAUACAGGUAGUCCUCAACUAAAAACAGUUCAUUUAACUGAUCAACAGCACUGAAAAGUGACUUCAGUUACAACCUUUGCAGCAUCCCCAUGUCAU